UACCUCUCCUUUUUUUCUUCUCCGCUUCAAUUUCAAUCUCUCCUAAUCUAUCCAUCGCCAUUUUCGACCUAACAUUUGGCUAUCACAGCUCGUGUCCGGUUUGAGCGUGUUUUCAGAUCAAGCGGCUCACACUAGUCCCGACACUUCCAAGUGGGUCUGUACGGGGAAGUUUUGUCGGCACAGGUGCUUAUUGCCUCUCCUGCGGUUUCUGGAUAUAUUAGUCGCCUCAAAAUCCUGCCAGAAGGGAUCGUUUCACAAGGAGAGGUGAAGACCAAGAUAUUUAGAGAUGAAAAUCCAGUGCGAUGUGUGUGAGAAAGCUCCGGCAACGGUGAUUUGUUGCGCCGACGAGGCUGCUUUAUGUGCUAAAUGCGACAUUGAAGUUCAUGCUGCCAACAAGCUAGCCAGCAAGCACCAGAGGCUUCUCCUUCAGUGCCUCUCUACCAAGCUUCCCACAUGUGACAUCUGCCAAGACAAGCCAGCUUUUAUAUUUUGUGUUGAAGACAGAGCGCUGUUCUGUGAAGCCUGUGAUGAACCGAUUCACUCAGCUGGCAGCCUCUCCGCAAACCACCAGCGCUUCCUUGCAACUGGUAUCCGGGUGGCUUUGAGUUCUAAUUGCUCCAAGGACAAUGAAGAACGUCGCUUGGAGCCACCUAAUCGGAGUGCUCAACAAGCUUCUGCAAAAGUUCCCACUCAGCCUCAGCAAGUCCCUACCUUCACUUCCUCUUGGGCUGUGGAUGACUUGUUGGAAUUCACUGACUUCGAAUCACCUGACAAGAAAGAAUCACUGGAGUUUGGAGAGCUGGAAUGGUUGUCGGAGGUGGGUCUUUUUGGAGAACAGUUUCCUGGGGAGGCAUUGGCUGCAGCCGAGGUCCCUCAGCUUCCAGUAACACAGACUAGCAAUGUUACGUCAUACAAACCCUCCAAGUCCUUUACGUCUCUCAAAAAGCCGAGGAUUGAAUUUGAAGACGAUGAUGAGCACUUCACUGUGCCUGAUCUGGGUUGAGGCAAAAGUUAAGCCCUUCCCGUGCUCUCUUUACGUGACUCUCUUCGUUGUUUAGUUACAAUGUAUAGUCCGCUAAGCACAAUAUUUUGGGAACUUAAGUGCGUAUAAUGCUUAGUCCAGAGAAAAAAGUGCGUAUAAUGCGAGCUAUGUCUUGGUUCAUAACACUUGUAAGGAGUUUCAGUGCUUUAGAUAGUAUUACUUUAUAGCUUUCGUGCUUAAAUUAUCGUCUACUCACCCUCCACGCACAUGAUGUGGGUAUUUUCAUUAUCUAAAUAUCUGGAACAGCGUUUUU